AAAUUCUGUUAUUGAUGCAGACAGAAAAUGAGCAGGUUCUUGAAUAUAAGAAAAAAUUAGAAAAACUCAUACGAAAUGCUAAAUACAAGAAACAAAUAAAUAAAAACAAAUAUACUCCUAAGAACUUGUGUUACGUAGUUAAUAAACUCUAUACAGGCAGUUCUAAAUGUGCAGUUAAGGAAAUAGUUGAUGAAAAUAAAUUAUGUGAUUCGCCAAUAACAGUUGCGAAAGGGUUAAUGAUUUCUUUGUAAAUAUUGGCAAAUACUAUGCUGAACGCAUUGUGAGGCCAAACAAAAAUAGACCGCAAAGGAAAAAUAAACCAAACAUUUUUCUUAGAGGCGGUAGAUGUAACUGAAG